CGAACCAGAUUUUACACCAGUUCACCAUUUUUGGGUAGUUUGGUUAUUUUAUUAAACGGGUCGGAUUUUCAAAUACGGCAAACCGGUUCAGCCGUGUUCCCUAUUUAUACAACUCGCCGUUCUUCCAACUUCAAUUCUUUGUCCGUUCUUUUCCUCGUCACCCUGUUCUUACAGCAACCCACACAUUCACUUCCCAAAACCCUAAUCCACAAGAUGCCUGCGGCGUGUACCGGAGCUGCACUAAUGGGUUCUCUUCAACAACAACCUCUCUGGAAUAAGCUCCAGAAUCAACUGUAUCCCACUCAUGGCUUUUUACCUCAGCUUAAAUUCAACACUAAUUUCAAACCAUGCAAAGUUUCUCAUGUUGAAGGACCUAUUCUCACUGCCCCUCAAAUUGGAGGUGAUGGGUCGAGUUUCCUAGACUAUGGCUUGAGUGAAGCUGAUCCUGAGGUUUCUACAAUAAUCGGCAAGGAAAAAGACCGUCAAUUUAAAAGUCUUGAACUUAUUGCUUCUGAAAAUUUUACAUCUAGAGCAGUCAUGGAAGCAGUUGGUUCAUGCCUCACAAACAAGUACUCAGAAGGUUUGCCGGGUAAAAGGUAUUAUGGUGGCAAUGAGCAUAUUGAUGAGCUUGAAAUCCUAUGUCAAGAAAGGGCACUUGCCGCAUUUCAUUUAGAUGGUAACAAGUGGGGUGUAAAUGUUCAACCAUUAUCUGGUUCCCCGGCUAAUUUUGCAGUAUACACUGCAAUUCUUAAACCACAUGAUCGAAUAAUGGGUUUGGAUUUGUCUCAUGGCGGACAUUUAUCUCAUGGAUUCAUGACUCCUAAAAGACGUGUAUCGGCUACAUCAGUUUAUUUUGAAUCCAUGGCUUAUCGACUCGAUGAAUCAACAGGCCUUAUUGAUUAUGAUAUGCUGGAGAAAACUGCUAGUAUCUUCCGACCGAAGCUCAUUAUUGCUGGUGCUAGUGCUUAUCCACGAGACAUUGAUUAUCCCCGCUUUAGGAAAAUUGCAGAUAGCAUAGGUGCCUUUCUUAUGAUGGAUAUGGCUCACAUAAGUGGACUUGUUGCUGCAUCUGUACUUGCCGACCCCUUUGAGUUUUGCGAUAUUGUGACAACUACAACCCACAAGUCUUUGAGAGGUCCUAGAGGUGGUAUGAUUUUCUUCAAGAAAGAUCCUGUGCACGGCGUUGAUCUCGAGACUGCCGUCAACAAUGCUGUUUUUCCUGGUCUACAGGGGGGUCCACAUAACCACACAAUUGGAGGACUAGCAGUUUCCUUGAAAUAUGCACAGUCGCAAGAUUUUAAGAACUACCAAAACCAGGUGGUUGCCAACUGUAGAGCUCUUGCUAACCGAUUAGUUGAACAUGGAUAUAAACUUGUUUCUGGUGGUAGUGAUAAUCACCUUGUUCUUGUUGAUCUCAGGCCAUCGGGUAUUGACGGUGCUCGGGUAGAGAAAAUUCUUGACCUGGCCUUUAUAACCCUCAACAAGAAUUCAGUAGCUGGUGAUAGAAGUGCCCAAGUUCCCGGCGGCAUUCGCAUCGGGUCACCUGCAAUGACAACAAGAGGACUUGGUGAGAGAGAAUUUGAACUCAUUGCAGACUUAAUUCACGAGGGUGUGCAAAUAAGUCUUGAAGCCAAAAGUUUGGCCUCUGGAACCAAGGUUCAAGAUUUCUUGAACUUUGUGGUAACUCCUGAAUUUCCAUUGAAAGAUAAGGUAUCAGAUUUGCGAAGGAAGGUUGAAGCUCUUGCCACUAAGUAUCCUAUUCCCGGAGUCUAAUUUACUUAAUGAGUGCCAAAAACUUGAACACUGCUGAAAAUUUUGAUACGAUAAUAAUGUUUUUGUGCUGCUGUUAACAUUCCUGAAAUACUUUUUAGUUCUGGGUUUGUCUUAAAGCAAAGCUUAUCAUGGUGUUAUUGUUGGCAUGUUGUUGCUUUAUAAAAGUGAUGAAAUUAGCAUGUAUUUCAACCUUGGUUUAAUUUGGUGAAAUAAGUCAGCUCAAUGUUUGAAACCAAAAACCAUCAAAUUUAACACAUAUAUUGGUUA